GGUUAAUUAGCUUCCACAAUUUUUUAAAAAGAAACAAUCUGUUGACAAAAAAAAUAAUUAAUUUAUAGAUUUGCUUGGGAUCAAUUAGCUCGCAUGUGGAUUUUCAUAUAUAUACAAUACCAUAUGAAGCCAAAUAUAUUAUAAAGAAAGAAAUCUUUUUUAGAUUUUGAGCUCUGGAAUGGAGAAAAGUAUCAAUGGAUCAUGCAGACUCAUCAAGAGACUCGUGAUUAUACUUUCUUGUCUUUCAUAUUCCUUUGUUCGAUCAGACUUUACAGAGAGAACAAAUAUCAAUUAUGUAUCAGCUGUGGGAGAUCCCGGGAUGAGAAACGAUAACUUAAGGGUGGCUAUAGAAGCUUGGAACCAAUGCAACGAGGUCGGUGAAGAAGCUACAAACAUGGGAAGCCCUCGAAUGGCAGAUUGCUUCGAUAUCGAUAACUCUAGCUUUCCCGUGAAGAUAAUCCACAAAGUCGACGAAAGAGACAACAGGCUUGGGGUAGGAAAUGGAACCUACGGAGGAAUAAGCGCUGGAGACAACGCAGAUAUCUACGCAGCGCAAAAGGAGGUAUACUUAGGAAACAAAUGUCAAGUUGUGGACAAGCCAAAUCCAUGGCAGUUUUGGAUGAUAAUGCUAAAGAACGGUAAUACGGAUACUUUAGCCGCAAUUUGUCCCGAAAACGGGAAAAAGGCGAAACCAUUUCCUCCUACGGGGAGGUUUCCAUGUUUUGGGAAAGGAUGUAUGAACAUGCCAUCGAUGCAUCAUGAGUACACAAGCUUGGUUGAUAACGAAGAAGGACAUAUGAGUGGGAGUUUUUAUGGGACUUGGGACUUGGAUAACGACCAAAAAGAUCCGGUUGGUAAUAAUUCGUAUUAUAAGGUGAAAUGGGAGAAGAAGAUUGGGGGAAAUGAGAGUUGGGUUUUUCAUCAUUUGUUGAAGACUUCUUCUAAGUAUCCAUGGUUGAUGCUUUAUCUACGCGCUGAUGCUUCUCGAGGUUUCUCUGGUGGUUAUCAUUACGACACUAGAGGGAUGAUGAAGAUGACGCUAAAAUCGCCAGAUUUUAAAGUAAAAUUCAAGCUAGAGAUUAUUAAAGGAGGCGGUUCAGGGAGCCAAUUUUACCUAAUGGACAUGGGAAGUUGCUGGAAAAACGACGGAAGAGACUGCGACGGCGACGUCACAACCGACGUUACAAGGUACAGCGAAAUGAUAAUCAACCCGGGGGCAACCGCCGUUUGCACCCGCAACCGCCUAGGCGCUUGUCCGCCAGAGCAUACUUUUCCAAACGGGACUAAAGUUCACAGGACGGACAAGGAGAAGUUCCCUUUCGAAGCGUAUCACUAUUACUGCGUUCCGGGAAACGCGCGUUUUGCGGAAUCUCCGUACGAGGUUUGUGAUCCGUACAGUAAUCCACAACCGCAGGAGAUUCUGCAGAUCUUGCCUCAUCCAGUGUGGGAACAGUUUGGGUAUCCGACAAAGAAAGGACAAGGUUGGAUUGGAGAUCCAAGAACUUGGGAACUUGAUGUCGGAAAACUCUCUCAGUCACUCUUCUUUUACCAGGAUCCAGGGACGAAACCGGUGGAGAGACAUUGGUCGUCGAUAGAUUUAGGAACUGAAAUAUAUAUGAGUAAGAAUCAAAUUGCUGAAUGGACUGUAACUGAUUUCGACAUUGUUAUACCAAAUGCCGAUAUUUAAGUGGAAUAAUAAGAUUCUGUUAUAAGCUGCUAAACCAAAC